CCUGGCCUCGAUGGUACCGAAUAUCUCUUCAGCACAGACAACCCAGAGAAAUUUGAAAGAGAGACCAGCGGAAAUGACCGUCUGAGGCACACGGUGCAUCACUGUGCGGUGCCAUCUGGCCUCUACAGUCCCCCAACAAAUCCCCUGAAUGCAGUCACCGUCAGAGGAUCACUGCAAUACAGCGAAACCGGUUCUGGAACUUCAACACCACCUAGGGAGGAGCACUUGAAGAAUGAACCAAAUCAACAAGCUGACCUACAUUCCCCUGUGGUUGGUCACUUACUGACUUCCAACAAAAACCACGAGGAUGUCGAUUCCCCCGAACGAGUGAGUCGUCUUUCACGUAUGCUUUGA